AUGAGACGGGCCGCUCGUCCUUGCGAAGUUUUCGCUUAUAUUACAAAUUAUUAUAAAGAGAGUGGUGCAAUGUCGACUAAUGUCGACCGAUCUCAGAGUGACUUUCGAGAUCAGCCAAAUGGUCCUAUGCAACAUCAGUUGAUGUAUAAUGGUUAUGGUAAUGGUAACGAGUACAGGUUUCCACCUCAGAAUAAUGAAUUUGUAUCGGGUCCGGUGGGACAAUUCCAACAGGUUCAAAAUCACAUGUAUGAUUCAACGGCUAUCGCCAAUUCUGCUAUGCUCAAUCUCGCACAGUAUCAGUAUUCAUCACAGCACAUGGGUCUACCUUUUGAACAGCAAUCCUCGGGUCAAUAUAUGGGAUUACGUCAGCAACAAAGAGUUACACAGCAACAAUUGUUGUUACCAGAUGCAAAUUCUUCCCUUUCUGAAGGGAAUCUCAUUUCUUGUUCUUCCUUUCAACGUACAGAAUCGGAUCAACCUCCCCUUCAACAGCAGCCAUUUGCGACCAUGAUACAUACCAAUACGUUAUCUCAGCCACAAGUUACUAAUACUCUUCAUCAGCAACCGGCCGUGAUGUCAUCAAGUCAUAUGAAUCAGUGUGCUACCACUGCAACUCCUAGGAAUACGAAUAAACGUGGUCCAGGUGGUAGGAGUAGUGAUUUUGAAGAUAGACACCGUUCGGCCAAACGACCUACAAUCAUCAGUAACCAGACUCCUAGAACUAGUCAAAAUGCCAAUGGUGAUGUUAAUGUUCAAAGACAAAUUCCGCAGCAUAAUCAGCAACUGGCUCAACGAAGAUUGAACUUUAAUGCUCAAGACACAAGUACAUCAGCUAUGCAUAAUACACAACAACAAGUAUCAGUGGCGGCACUUCGUUUCGCAUCCUCUCGCUAUCCUUUUU